ACAAACAAAAUAAAAAUAUUGCAAGAAAUUUUGGUUUUAUUUAUUUGUUUUGUUAAAGCACCAUGGGUGAUUUUAUUUUUCUAUUAUAAAAACACUCUUUGCCCCCUCAGAAAAUCAGUGCCUGAAAGAGAAAAUGGAUCACCUGACCUUUCUCCAAGAAUGGCAUCAAGAGCCAGGAAAAACAAUCCUCUUCUGUUUUCUUAUCAUUUUUCCUUUUCUGCUUCUAUUUAAGAACAAAAGAAGUAGCAAACUCAAUCUACCACCAUCCCCACCAAAGCUACCCAUAAUCGGAAACCUUCACCAGAUAAGUACACUCCCCUAUAGGUCUUUCAGAAACCUUUCUAAGAAGUAUGGCCCUUUGAUGUUCCUGCAACUAGGCCGUGUUCCAACUGUUGUGGUUUCAUCUUUAGAGAUGGCUCAAGAAAUCACCAAAAAUCAUGAUAUUAUUUUUGCAGACAGACCUUCCUUGACGAGUGUAGAUAUUGUGUUCAAGGAAUGCCUUGACAUGGCAUUUGGCCCUUACUGUGCUUACUGGAGCGGAGCAAGGAAGCUGUGUGCUCUUCAUCUCUUGAGCCAGAGAAGGGUGCAAGAGUUUCAUUUCGUAAGGGAAGAAGAAGUUGCAAAUAUGGUUGAGAAGAUACGGCUUUUGUGUGUCAAUGGAGCUGCAAUUAACAUAAGUGAUCUGUUCAUGAUUCUAUCACAUAAUGUGCUAGCAAAAUCAGCUUUUGGUUGCCUAUAUGAAAGCGAAGAUGGCAAGUAUAAGAGUUUCGGAGAAAUGGCAAGGAGAGCAAUGGACCUUCUAGCAUCCUUUUGCUUCAGUGAUUUGUUUCCAUACUUGGGAUGGAUCGAUUAUCUAACUGGCUUGGUUGGGAAUUUGACAGAGAUUUCUAGAGAAUUAAACGAUUUCUUCGAUCGAGUGAUCAAAGAACGCCAGGCAUCAAUGAAUGAUGAUGAGAAAUCUGAAGAUAAGAAGUACUUGGUGGAUAUUCUUCUGUAUCUCCGAAAGGAAGGGGUUGAGCUUGAUCUGUCUCGGAACAACCUUAAAGCAAUUCUAAUGGAUAUGUUUAUUGGGGGAACAGACACCACAGCAGCAUCCAUGGAUUGGAUGAUGUCAGAGCUGAUGAAAAAUCCAAGAAUAAUGAAGAAAGCCCAAGAAGAGGUAAGAAGAGUGGUUGGAAACAAAUCAAACAUAACUGAGGAUGAUAUAAACCAGAUGGAAUACUUGAAAUGUGUUAUGAAAGAGACUGUGAGGUUUCAUGCUUCUGCAAUGAUGCCCCGACAAACAUCAGCAAGUGUUAAGCUCCAAGGCUAUGAUAUUCCAAAGAAAACAAGGGUCUUCAUCAAUACAUGGGCAAUUCAGAGGGACCCCAAAUUGUGGGACAGGCCGGAGGAGUUUCUUCCAGAGAGAUUUCUCAACAGUUCAAAAGAUCAUAAUGGAGAACACAAACAGCUCUUAUUUUCGUUUGGUACUGGGCGAAGGGUUUGCCCUGGGAUGUCAUAUGCAUAUGCAGAAACGGAAUAUGCACUAGCUAACUUGCUCUACUGGUUUGAUUGGGAGUUACCAGAUGGUACAAGAGAAGAGGACCUGGACAUGAGCGACAUAUAUACCUUUGUUAUUCGCAGGAAAACACCCCUUUGGGUUGUCGCACAUCCGCAUACUCCGUAGUCUGGAUCUGGAAGGAGAAUCUUUGAUUGUUUCCGCUGUAUGUAUAAUAAAUUCAU